GGGAGCUCUCACAGCAGCGCGCGCCGGGCACUCCACCGGCUGUGUGGUCCGAGCGCGGGUUAGCUGUGGGCCUUGUGCGAAGCGCCGCUGUCACGGCUACCUGUGUUCCCUACGAGGAUUGAGGGUUUCCAUCAAGUGUGAGAGAGGCGGCAAGAGGUGUAUAAUGAAUCCCAGUAUGAAGCAGAAACAAGAAGGAAUCCAAGAGAAUGUAAAGAAUAGUCCUGUCCCAAGAAGAACUCUGAAGAUGAUUCAGCCUUCUGCAGCUGGAUCUCUUGUUGGAAGAGAAAAUGAGUUGGUUAAAGGCUUGUCCAAAAGGAAACAAUGGAAUGACCAGUUAACAUCUAAGACUUCCAGCUCUGGAGUUGUUAUUGUCCCAGAACAUAAUGAAAAUAAAAAUCCUGGAGGAGUUACCCAAGAAGCAUUUGAUCUUAUGAUUACAGAACAUCCAUCCUCUCAAUAUUGGAAAGAAGUGGCAGAGAAACGGAGGAAGGCUCUCUUUGAAACACUUAAGGAAAAUGAGAAACUUCAUAAAGAAAUUGAACAAAAGGACAAUGAAAUUGCCCGCCUGAAAAAGGAGAAUAAAGAAUUGGCAGAAGUAGCAGAACAUGUACAGUAUAUGGCAGAGGUAAUAGAGAGACUGAGUGAUGAACCUCUGGAUAACUUGGAAUCACCCGAUAGUCAGGAAUUUGAUUCUGAAGAGGAAACUGGUGAGGAUUCUGAAGUGGAAGACUCAGAAAUUGGUACAUGUGCUGAAAAAAUUGUAUCUUCCUCUACAGAUGCAAAACCAAGUAUAUGAAAUUCAUUAAUGUUUGACUCUUGAGAAACAUACUGCCAAAAUUUACCUCCAUUAUAGUUCUUUGUAGCAGAGCAAAUAACUAUGUAAUGCAAACUUGGAAUCAUACUUCCUUGUUUGAAUUCUGGGACCCUAUAAUUGUAUUAAAAUACAAAUACUAUGUAUUUUUAAUCUAUAGUGUUUUAUGUAAAUAGCGUUUCCUCAGUUGUCAGAUAUGACUUGCAUAUAUGAUAAAUAAACUUCAAUCUCCUGUU